AUAGCCUUGCAUGGUUAUACGCAAGCUACCGCCAUACCAAACACACCAACACGAAAUCGUAAAGGAAUCAGGCUCGAAGCCGACCUUCCGAGCACCAUAUCGGCUCAGCCCUACAGAGUUAGCCGACAUGAAGAAACAGAUUGAUUAUCUCCUUGAAAAUGGACUCAUCCGUCCAUCCACUUCACCAUAUGGUGCCCCAGUACUCAUCACACCAAAACCGGUCGAGAGCUUGCGCAUGUGCAUCGAAUACCAAGCUCUCAACAAGCAGGCCAUCAAGAAUUUAAACCUGAUUCCAUGAAUCGAUGACCUGCUUGACUAGCUUCG